AUGGAAAAAGAAAUUUCUUUACUACCCCUUACUUCUAAUUAUUUUUCUUCUUCGGACAGUGCUGAGAUAAUUCUCCACGAGGAAAAAAUUGGUCUGAUUGGUCGCGUUCAGUCACCAAUAACUAAUAAAUAUCAAAUUAAAGAGCCAGUAUUUAUCGCCCAAAUAUCUUUAACUAAAAUAUUUAAUUUCCUCGCCAAAUUUCCCCGCCCAAAUACUUACCGACCUAUUUCCCCUUUCCCAAUUAGCAAAAAAGAUUUAUCGUUCCUUUUCUCGGAAAAAAUUGAUUAUAAUCAGGUGGUUAAAGAAAUAGCAAAAUUAGGCGGUAAUAACCUCCAAGAAGUAACUAUUUUAGAUGUUUAUCAAAAUAAGGAACUAGAACAAGAAAAUAAAAAAUCAGUUAGUUUUCAUUUAGUUUUUCAAAGUUCCACCAAAACCCUAGAAAAAAAAGAAGUAGAGGAAAUACUAAAAAUUAUUAAUAAACCAAAAGAACAAAUUAUUGAAGAAUUAAAAGGGAUUAAACGCACCACCGGUCAGCAUCCGGGCGGAUUAUUAAUUACUUUGCCGGAAACUGACAUUCAGGACUAUACUCCGCUCCAUUACCCCGCUGAUAAUCGGCAAGCAGAAUGA